GGGACUCCCGCGGGACGGCGGGCGGCACUGGCAGGCGCUGCGGCCCGCCCACCCCGCCCGCGCCGGCCCGCCCCGCGCGCCGCCUCCCCAGCCCGCGCCGCCGCGAUGGCGGAGGACAGCGAGUCUGCGGCCAGCCAGCAGAGCCUGGAGCUGGACGACCAGGACACGUGCGGGAUAGACGGGGACAAUGAGGAGGAGACGGAGCACGCCAAAGGAAGUCCCGGAGGGGAUUUGGGAGCCAAAAAGAAAAAGAAGAAACAGAAGAGAAAAAAGGAGAAACCGUAUUCUGGGGGCACCAAGUCAGAUUCUGCAUCUGAUUCCCAGGAGAUCAAAAUUCAGCAGUCUUCAAAGAACCCCAGCAUUCCCAUGCAGAAGCUGCAGCACAUCCAGAGAGCAAUGGAGCUGCUGUACGCCUGCCACGGCCCCGCCAGGAGCAUUGACGAGGCCGCAAAGCACAGAUACCAGUUUUGGGACACGCAGCCGGUGCCCAAGCUAAAUGAAGUCAUAACAUCUCAUGGCGCAAUUGAACCAGAUAAGGACAACGUACGCCAAGAGCCGUACUCUUUGCCACAGGGCUUCAUGUGGGACACUUUAGACUUGAGUAAUGCGGAAGUGCUCAAGGAGCUGUACACGUUGUUAAAUGAGAAUUACGUGGAAGACGAUGACAACAUGUUCCGCUUCGACUACUCGCCCGAGUUCCUGCUGUGGGCUCUGCGUCCCCCAGGCUGGCUCCUCCAGUGGCACUGCGGGGUCCGAGUGUCUUCCAAUAAAAAGCUGGUGGGGUUCAUAAGCGCCAUCCCAGCGAACAUUCGGAUUUAUGACAGUGUCAAGAAGAUGGUAGAAAUCAAUUUUCUUUGUGUCCAUAAGAAAUUGAGAUCAAAGCGGGUGGCCCCAGUGUUGAUCCGAGAGAUAACUAGAAGAGUGAACUUGGAAGGAAUCUUUCAGGCCGUGUACACCGCUGGAGUCGUUCUUCCUAAGCCGGUGGCCACGUGCAGAUACUGGCAUCGAUCACUAAACCCCAGAAAAUUGGUAGAAGUGAAAUUUUCUCACUUGAGUAGAAACAUGACCUUACAGAGAACAAUGAAGCUGUACAGACUUCCGGAUGUGACGAAGACUUCAGGGUUGAGACCGAUGGAAGCGAAGGAUAUCAAAGCAGUUCGAGAGUUAAGCAACAGUUACCUGAAGCAGUUUCACCUCGCCCCCGUGAUGGAUGAAGAUGAAGUGGCCCACUGGUUCCUCCCCCGGGAGCACAUCAUCGACACGUUUGUAGUGGAGAGCUCCAGUGGAAAACUGACAGACUUCCUGAGCUUCUACACUCUCCCCUCAACAGUGAUGCACCACCCGGCUCACAAAACCCUCAAAGCUGCCUACUCUUUCUACAACAUUCACACGGAGACACCCCUGUUGGACCUCAUGAAUGAUGCACUCAUCCUGGCUAAGUCGAAAGGAUUUGAUGUAUUCAAUGCACUGGAUUUGAUGGAAAAUAAGACAUUCUUAGAAAAACUCAAGUUUGGUAUAGGAGAUGGCAAUUUGCAGUAUUACCUGUACAACUGGAGGUGUCCAGGAACAGAUUCAGAAAAAGUUGGACUUGUACUGCAGUAGAUGGAUAUUUUUAUUUCUAGAACUCUGACAUCAUUUGUUACUAUUCUCACGAUUUCUGGAACUGCCAUUCCAAAGAAGAAUAAAAGCACAACUUAAAACUGAAGGUAGAUAACAAUCAGAAAAGAUGGAAAAAAAAUCCACAUGUGACCAAUAGUACACAUUUCUAGCUAGGACAUUCAAAUUCAUCCUUUUUUUCACUGUUUACCCAUUUGUGGGAGGAAUGAAAGGGUACAAAGAGCACAUUCUUCUGAUUUUCAAACUUUUGGUUGUCUCUUGAUGAAGAGGGGUAUUUUUCCACUCUCUAGAAAGGGGACCGUUUCUAUGGACUAAACAGAAGUCACAAAAUAGCGUAAGAAAAUCUUUGGUAUUGUGUGGAGAUAAACUGCUGCAUUUCUAUUUAUUCAGAAUAUUUGUCCCUGGAACAGAAUGAAGGAUCCAUUUGGAAAAUUUUGACUUGUAUCAUCUUACAAGGUAUCAUUGGGAACAUUUGUGGAAUUAACACUUCUGUGACUCAAGGACAAAAGUGGUGGAUGUUGAAGUGUGGAACAAUACAAAAAUGUGCUGGUGACGGGUACAUUGAUUUCUCCCUAAGCAAAGUUGCCAAAUCAGUAAACAUACAAAUUUAUACUUUGAUCUUCACCAGGUUGGUGAACUGUGUCAAAAGCAAAGUCCCGUGCACACACUGUGUGCUCUCUGUAAGACUAGACUUUUCUGCUGCUGCGGAAACUCCAGUUUCUUCUCAGCAACAACAAGGAUCUAUGUGAGGAAAAGGAAAUAAAAGCUCUAAGUCAAAAGAGAUGUGAAAUUUAUUAGUGCUAUCAGGACAUUGAUAGUUUGAAUGUUUUUAUGACUUAUGCAGAAUUGCACAUGUUCCUUUAUGCUGACUUUAAUUUAUCAUGAAAAUUGUCAUGCUAAUGGAAAAUGUCUUAUUUGUAAAUAAGUAUUCAUAAUUUUGUUACUGAUGGUGUUUUUACCUAGAAUUUGAAAAACAGUUUCAUAGUGUACAUAUAUGUGUAUAUAUUGCCCGUCACCCAAGGGAAAAAUAAGAUGCUACAAGAGGCCACAUAGACUGGCCUUGUCUCAAACACCACAAAGUAGAUACUAAUUCCUGCCUUUACUAUACCAGUGCCUAGGCUGUUCAGUGCAGAAAAAGUUAUUUUAGAUAACAUGAUGGCAUUUCCUUCAUGUUGUAAGUAGUCCAAUGAAACCAAUCAUACCUUACACCGGGGAGGGGCCCUCAAAUUAGGGCCCGUAGCCUGUUUUUGUACAGCCCAGGGGCUAAGAGUUUUUAUUUUUUUGAAUGAUUGGGGGAAAAAAAGUCAAAAGAAUAACACUUUGUGAAACGUGCAAAUUAUACAAAAUUCAGAUUUCAGCAUCCAUAGUUUUAUUGGAACACUUUGGCCACACUUUAUUCACGUGUGUUGCUUAAAGUUGCUUCACACUCAAAGGCAAGUUGAGUUGUAGUGACAGAUCUUAUGGCCUCCAAAGCCUCAGAGAUUUACUGUCUUGUCCUUUACAGAAAGUUUGUUGACACUGAUGUACACUAAGGGGUCAAAAGCUACUUUAUAUAGCUUGCCGUUAUCCUAAAGACCAACCCACAGCUGUGGCAUCCCUGAGACUACCAUUAGAGGGCAGACUUGGGCCUCACAGUAGUGCAUAAUCAGGAGUAGCACUGUUCUUGGAGACUCAUUGGAGGACUUCUCAUUUUGGAUAGUUCAAACCCAGUUGCAUCACCAGUCUCUCCUAAAGGAGGAGAAAGGCUUCAAGAAACAAAACUGUACCAAUUCACUGGAACAUGUUUUUGAGACACCAUUAAGUAAAAGAGAUUUUGACUGAAUCAGAGUUAAGACUCUAGUUAGGAACAUAAAUCCCACUCAUUUUUAUGGCACAGUCUUACACAAAAGGAGCUUUUCAAAUAAUUGCAGAAUUGCCCGUCUGAAAUUUUGUCAUGAGCUUAACUCCUGAUGAAACUGUUACACUGUUCCUUCAAAGAUUUAUGUAAUUCCAGUUGUUUCAGAAUUGAUUUUACUCAAUCAUUUUUAAAUACAGUAAUUAAUACCAUUUGCCUCUUUAUAAUUUAAGCAGAUUACCAAUGAACAUUUUAGAGAACCAGUAAAACUGCUUGUUUAUAGAGUAGCUAUUAAAAUUAAAUUCAAAGGCAAUAUAUAGUCUUAUAGAUUAAAAAAGAACUACCUUGUCUUGCACUUUGUUAUGAAAAUGCUCUACUACAUAAGGUAGCCUUACUUUUUUUUUUUUUUUUUGCCAAGAUGGUAUAAAUAAAAUUUAAAUGAAGAGGUGGCAUAAUUCCUGAGUCAGCCAGAAUUUAACCUGAAAAAACUUUUGGUAAUCUAUUUCCCCUAAAUUAUAGAAAGUGACUUUUUCAAACACACUAAGUAGCUUUGAUUAUGUUCCACUUCCUAACCUGAAGGACCCCUGUCAUGGCACAGACCCACUUCUGAAAACCCAAGCUGCUUUUAUUCUCUUUUUGCCACAUUUCAUCUAGUUACCAUCAAACUUUUUAUAUGUGAAGAUUUUCAAGGAAGUAAGCUAACCAUGUAAAGGUGGGUGAAUUUUAAUUAGUCAAAAUACCUUAUCCGGCUUUUUCUAUAAAUAUCACACCUUUCUUCCAAGUCCAUGUCUAUGCCUACCUACAAAGAAAGUUGAAUUGACAUGAAGUAAAAAAUGUGUUGCUUUUGAAGACAAUGUAUUGCUUAGCAUUUGGUAUCCUUCCUUUAAAAGUGAUAAUGCUUCUCCAAUCCAGUUUCACCUACCCAACCAACAAGAACCAUGUUUACUGUGGCACACUUUCCAAGUUUGAUAGAAAAUAAUGCUAUGUGUUGUAGGAUACAGAUGUUCUUGCUUACAAGCAUCGUACCAGCCUUUGAAAAAGUGAAUUUAUACAAGCAUGGACAUUAGUUUCAAUAAACUUUUGUUUUGAUACUCCUA